GCGACGGACGAACGUUGUCCCAAGUGCUCGCAUCCACGCGCUUACUUCAAACAAUUUCAAACUAGAUCCGCGGACGAGCCUAUGACUCUCUUUUACCGAUGUUGCAAUCACGAGUGUGGUCACACGUGGCGAGUCGACUAAAGCCCCAGAUAUUGUUUCCCGAGCAUCGAAGCAUGAUGAGUCCUUCUUCGAUGGGACCUAUGAAUGUUUACUUAAACAAAGCCAAAGAGGAAUUAAAAAUGCUACCAAAUCAGAAGCAUUGGUUUUGCAGCAGCACUCGGAGCAUUGCAAUGGCGGCGCAUCUGCUGCGGGAAGGUAAGAUAAUCGCUAUACCAACGGACACUGUGUAUGGUCUGGCUUGCGUGGCCUCUGACACGGACGCUGUUCAGCGGCUGUACGAGAUCAAAAAGCGGGACGAGACGAAACCAUUGGCGAUCUGCUUGAGCAACGUUAACGAGAUAGGCACGUGGGGUGUUACGGAUGACAUACCGUCUCGUCUGUUGGAGGAUCUGUUGCCCGGACCGUACACGAUGUGCUUGCGACGCACACCCGCUCUGAAUCCCGCUCUCAAUCCCGGCAUAGACACCGUGGGCAUCCGUGUGCCCAACAACAAGUUUGUACGGUGUGUCGCAAAACUCGUCGGUCCUCUCGCGCUCACCAGUGCCAACGUCAGCAGCGAGCCGAGCAGUCUGCAGCCGGAAGAGUUUAGCGUCCUGUGGCCGCAACUCGAUGGCAUCUUUCAUGGCCAGAUGAAUUCCAAGAAACAGGUCGAUCGCCGCCGUGUUGGCUCAACCGUGGUGGAUCUGUCGGAACCGGGUUAUUAUCAUAUUGUGCGCAGAGGGAUCGGGCUUAAUAUAAUAAUCGGAACAUUAAAAAAAUUCGGAUUGAAGGACGUUACCGCGCAGCAACAGCCAUCUGCUCAGCUGAGCACAGGGUAAAAGUGACUUUUUGUACAUACGGUUGGGUGAAAAAUAAUUCUCGGGGAACUGCGUGAUUUUGUUGUUGAUUUGCUGUAUUACCAUAAUAUAAGUGGAAAUUUCAAUGUACAACAGUGUUUAUAAAUACAAGACCACAUGGAUCAGCAGACAAGUUUCUUGAUGAAAUUGUUUUACAUCCGGUAGACUUAAUGUUGUCAACUAUUCUUCUCUUAUCAAAUUUUUUACCCAAAAUUCACUUGAGUGAUAAUAAAAAUAGUUUUUACUUAACAUUUGUUUUUAUGUCACUAACGCUGUUCCAUUACUACCUCCGGUGUACGAUUCUGUAAACAGGAAGUUUACAUUCGAGACCAUAUUUUUGAUGUUUUUUGAAUAAAGGGAUAUAUUGCUCUCACUCACAA